UAACGGCUUCAAUGAAACUAUUUCUAGUCCUUCUGUUAGUUAUAAUGAAAUCUUUGUGAGGAUGAAGUGGCUGUUAAUAUCUGUACAAGAUAUUUGUUUGGGAKAUUAGUUUCCACCUGGAUGGAUAUAUUCAAAAGGAUUUUGGAUCAAGUAACACUAUGAUUCCGUCCCGGAUAUUGUUACAACACGGACAAAAAACAAUUAUAAGUUUGCAGUAGUAGUUUCCGCUGUCGUACGUGUCUUCAAAGCUCAAACGAUAGUCCUAUAGUAAAACGAGUAUUCCUGGUUUAGAAAAUAACAAGAUUCGAAGUUUUGCUUUGGUAAUCAAAACUUUUCCUCUUCCAUUUUGAUGUUUUUCAACACAAGCAAGUUGGUGUUAGUGAUUGGGUGUCUGGACAUAUUCUGCUGGUAAAUGACAGGUUUUGGGAACGUGCUAGUCCAUACAARCGUUUAGUGCCUGCGUUUAGUCAUUAGAUUUAUCAGCAAAAAAGAAAAAAGAUGUUGCUACAAGAUAAUUAAACAGCGAAAAGGCUGUGAAAUAUCAUCAAAAGWCUAUAAUUACGAGUGAAAGCCAUAGCAACCUGUAUUUUAUUAAUAUUUGUCUAAAAUAUUUACAUGAGUAAGUGCUGUGAAGCAUUACCGCUGGAGGGAAUUGUAUACAUUCGCGGUCUCAGCAACACAAGACAAGGGUGAAGUAAGUGAAGUUAYACUGGAUCAUGGCGCUGGAAGAUGAGCGGGAUCCGAACGAAAGCACAAAUCAUGAACUCCUUAUGUCAAGCUCCUCUAGAAAUGACCCUGAAACGGAUAGACUCAAACCUUCAGCACCUUUCAGUGCUGGCAUCGGAGGUCACGAUGAACAGCCUAUCUCGCUCAUGUCAGACUUGUGGCUGGUUGUUUCUGUGAUAACUUUUAUUGCAGACGUUUGUUCAGAUGUUCUUGUGUCAGUACAGUACUACAGUCAGCGUAAUUAUUGGUAUUUUGGCUUGACUUUAGGGUUGGUGUCAACUGCCUCGUUUAUUUUGCAAAUAUUCUCUAUUAAGUGGUUUUAUGAUGAUGGCAAGAAGUCCACGUUCAAGCUAUUUGGGGUACAUCUGUUUCAAAYAGGACCACUCUACCGAUACUGGUCAGCCAUCAAGUUAUGCUGGUUGUCACGACAUGGCGGAGUUGUACGAGCUGAAGAGCGGUUUGUAACAGAAUGGAGAGACCUCUGCAUGCUAAGACUCCUUGGAGCAUUCGCCCAUUCAGCUCCACAAUGUGUUCUCCAACUUUUUGUUCUCACUCAGCGGAACUCGUUCGUGAUCGGAGAGGACUUAAUGAUCGCCAUUGCAGCGAUUACCUCAUUUAUAUCCGUUGUUUGGGCCCUUGUGUGUUAUAGUAAAGCUCUACGGGACUUACGGGACAAUGCGCGGGAUCUCCCGUGGUUGGGCUUUACUUGUCAAGUUCUUUGGAGAGGCUGUAUGAUCACAUCCCGUGUGGUUGCUUUAGUAUUAUUCGCUUCUCAUUUUAAGCAGUGGAUGCUUCUGGCUGUAGCUGGACAUUGGAUAUUGAUGGCUCUUUGGUUAAGCUGUCAGAGAACUCAGUUUUGCAUCGAUGAAAACGGCCGAGAACAUCCUUGUAAAGAGAAGAUCUUCAACUCCAUCAUCGCAUUCAUUUACAUAUUUUGUUUCUUUAACACCAAAGAAGGCAUGACGCGUAAGCGCAUCGUUCUAUACUACUCCGUGAUGCUGGUCGAGGAUUCCCUGCUAAUAUCAAUGUGGUAUCCAAAUAGAACGCUCAGCCCAACCUUGACCUACGCAGCCUUGGCUACAGUCUGGGGAGGGUUUGUUUUAGGCGUCAUCUUCAUGGUUUUGUACUACAGAUUUUAUCAUCACAGUCAUACCUUCAAAGGAAUGUUCCUACGUAAACGGAGGUUUACUCUUCACGGCCGAAAAAUGUACGGCUUGUAUUUUUGUUGCUGCUUUCGAAUUAAGAGAUGGGAGCUUGGACUUUAUGACGUUACUUCAGACCCUCAGUUAUUGAUGAGCCGUGAUGUGGAUGAAGAGAAUGGAGAAGCCGCCGGUGACAUGGAGCUUGAAGUUUUCCCUCGUGAUAACUCCCAACUUGGAAAUCUUUACUGGGAUCACGAUGAUAUUCGACCUUUGAAUGGUGCAUGUAUUAAAGGACGGCGCAACAGCCCUGAGAGAGAGAUGCUGCUACGAAAUGCGCAAAGUAUUAAAGAAGAUACCGAGGAAGUACCUGAUAUUGUUAUAACUGCUGCCUCACCGCUGGCACUCAGUCCACGUGAUUCUCAAUCAUCACUAGCUGACAAUCCUAAGAACAGUGCAAACUCGGAAAUGACCUGCACUUGUAACGACGAUGGAAAGCCAAGUUCUCUACCUGAUUCACCUGUUGAAAGCCCAGUUGAGAAAGCAAAGCGAAUGUUGGCCUCUAAGUUGCAUAAAGAUGACGAAACGAAAGACGAGGUGAUCUCCGACGGAGAAGAUGACAUUCCAAAAAUCAAUUACGGUUCGGUAAGCUUUGGUAAUCGGUACAGCCUCGUGUCUUCGGAUUGCAUUUCCUUAUCUUCGGAAAGCAGUCUUAGCUCAUUUACGAAUAGUUUAAACGACUUGUUAGAUCGAAUGGGUGUUAACGCGAAAACUAACCAGGAACCUGAGUACAGAGGUCCCAAAACUUCGACUGCCGACGAAGGGAUUUUUUCGGACGAACGGGACUYGCCAACAAAAUCAUCCAGCGACAAAGAAAUAGAGCCAGCACCUGUGAACCACCAAAAAGAUGUCAAAAACAGAGUAAAAUUGAGUGACAGCUCGGCAAAUUCUGAAACUGCAAUAUCGCGUGGUUCUUCUCAGGAAGAAGAAGAAGAAGAAGUCAUGGAGAAUAUAAUGGACGCCCCUCCUUCUCCGCACCCUCCAAAGAAGAUUUCCCCACCUCCGGUGAAGGACGAGGGUAAUGAGAGUGAGUCAAGUAAUGUAAGCAGUGAUGGUCUCUCUAACGCGCGUAACAGACGCCAUUCGUACGACGAAAUGCUUAUAGAUUCGCUAGGAAACGAGGAAGAGGAAAUCAACAAGCGGCACUCGUUUGAUAUUGCUGAGCUCUCAAGAAAAUCAAAACGCGCCAAGAAGAAAGGCAAAAAUCGAAAGCGAUACAAUAAGACCAUUACUUUUGAUAAUUUUGUUUCCAGUCCUCUGAAGCCAGGCAAGUUUGGCUCGUUGAGAAAAUCAUUCGAACGACUUUCCAAGAUACAAGAAGAUCACGAGGAAUUUGGGUUGCUAAGCGACGAAGCGCUUCCAGCUAUUAAAGAGCCUCCAUUGGAUGAGACGUUACCUAGCAACGAUGGUGUCGCAAUUUUGGAUGGGUUUGAGAGUAACGAAAACAUAAAUUCUGAACCAAACAGCGACGAAAGAGGAUUAGAACGGCCUUCAAACGUCUACAUAGAUCGAGGCACAACUGAUGAAUUUUCACAACCUUUAUGGGUUAAAAAAGAUGCAAAUAAAGAAAGACUUUUCCGUAAAAAUAUGAAACAAAAUAAUGAGUCUGACUUGAACGACUACAAAAAAAAUGGUUUGUCGCUAGAAGAAAUGCCUGAAGAAUCGAAGCUGGAAACAACCUUUUUUGACGAAGAACUUAGUCAGCCGAGCUCACACGAGGAACCGAGCGAGGAUUCGUCUGACGAAGUGGUUCUGAUUGAAGACCUGUCACCUUCUAGAUUCUCGACCGUUCGCCGUUCUCGCGAAUCUGUACCUUUGGCAUAUCUCGAUGAAGUUGACGAUCUGGAUGACUUGGGUACUGAUAGUGAUAGUCUGCGUGAUUUGGACGAACGACCGCGGUCGGUUUCUCCAGAGGUGGACACACCGGUCGUGUCUACGCAGCCAGAUACAGAUUCGAAUGACUCGAAAUCGCUACAAGGUCGUUCUUUGAAUGGUUUUGAUAGCAGUGGUUCAUCACUCUUCGAAAACGUAUUGUACUUAGAAGCAGAGAAUAAGCCAGGUCGUUACAAUAAGAGACAUACAUAUGACUUUGGGUCGGACAGGAUUGCAAAGCAGGGAAAGGUUAAGAGACUGGGUACAAGUUCAUCCCAGAAUGCAAUGCGAACACCUGGUAGCCCUGUAUGGGUUCAUAAAGCUAUUUUCAAACAUAGAAAACGGAAACCUAAGUUUUUAGCACAAGACUACGUUAAUAAGAGCGAUUCUGCUAUUGGAUUCAUUCAAGAAAUUAGAGUAUAAUAAUGGUGCUUGUCAAAAUAUGGAACAUUUUUGUUAUGAAAGGUGGACUGAACGAGAAAUUUGUAAAAACACUUCGAUUUAUUGAACACAGGGAGAAAACGAAAAAAAUAUCGGAUACAACCAUGAAAGCAGCAUGGGCAUGCGCGAGGAACUAGCCGCUAGACAUUUUUUCUCCAUAGAAAUUACACGGGGACUGAAAUGCAAAAACAUUAAUUCCAAAGGGUUUAUUGCUCAAAAUUACAAUCGCGAUAUCAACAGAUAAUACGAGCGUUUCAGUUUACCGGUUAUAAAGAUAUCGGCCAUUUUGACCAUUAUUUCACUUACGUUGCUCCAGAGAUCUGUCAUUCUUACUGCGCAUGUUCCAGGAACAGCAAUAAUGUCUGGGGGCUGGGGUGGAGUUUGAUCCGUUACGGAGCAUGCACAGUAGCACGUCCUCGGAGUACGAUUUUGAUUGGACGAUACAGAGUUUUGUCCUUAUUUCUAAAGGACUGCUUCGACGAUACGUCAGCCAUCUUGGAUCGCAAGGCAUUAUAGGGCGUCCAGGGUGCAAAUAAAGCUUUGUUACAGUAGUAAGAGAAUACAACAAAAUAUGAAUCAAGAGGGCACAUCCAUCGCCUUUACCUAUAAAAGAAAGGACAAACACACGAAACUAUAUAUUUACCGUCAUCUUUGUUUUGUCUUGCCCCCUGACAAGAUCGCCGCCGUAUCGUCGAAGUAGUUCAUUGGGCAGUCCAUCUUUCAUCUUAUCUUAAAGGUCGUUUUUUUUUAUCAACAAAGCAACUUCCGAAAAAUAAUGUAAUAAAUGUGCAUAUAUUUAUAUAAGAAACGGCGCUCAUAAGUAAGCGGUGUAAAUAAUCUAAGCAAUCUACGAGCCGGGUACUUAAUGAGUUAUUUAAAAUUUAGUUAAGAGAUUUUGUAAAAUGGUGCUACAAAAUAAGCGCACAUUAUUUAGAAUCCUGGAUGGAUCAUUAGGCCCCGUUUACACGUAUAUUUUUGUAAACGCAUAUUUUUUAUCCGUUUAGGYCUACCGUUUACACGAAGACGGUCUUUAGCCGGCUAUUUUCGUAAACGCUUUUCAAAGCGAAUAUUUUUGAAAACGCUGGCUAUGCGUUUCCGUGUAAACACUCGAAGCCGGAUAUUUCGUAAACGCUGACGUCACUAAACAAGGGAGAUCGCAGGCUCAGGAACUWUGCGCAUGCUCAUUUAGCUCCUAUGAGCGUUUUCGAGUCGAUGGAGCGUUUUCGUGUAAACGGUCGAAAAGGCUGAGCGUUUACACGAAGCCGCAUCUAAACGCACAUUUUUUUUACCCGGAUAAAAAAAUAUCCGGCUUCGUGUAAACGGGGCCUUAGAUGUAAAUUCUUAAGGAAAUAAUAAGAUAUGGGUAAAGCUAGGUAGUGUAAACAUGUCUUUAACAGCCGUUUUUGAAUGUGAAAAUAAAAACUACCGCAAAUAUAUACUUUUAAAAGCGCUCGUUCACAGUGAGAAAGUGGCAAAGUCAAGUCCGAUGAUACACUGAUUCAAUAAGCGAUGUUAUCGUGAAAGGCGAUAGGCAAAAAAUAACUCGCGCGCUGAUUGCUUGGUGGAUGUGACGUCAUUUCAAUGUACCGAAUGCUGGUUAAAGGAGGGUAAAAGGUAAACRAAAACAAUGUUUGAAUACUUAAUUCUAGUUGGGAAUUAUUUAUCGGAUAACUUGGGGAAUGGUUAGUACGCGUGCGGGUUGGUUUGUGUAUCCCAUUAAAGGAAGGGAAACAAAUUA